UAUGACUAUUUAUGAAGCUUUAAGACAUCCUUGGCUUAACGAAGCAAUUACAGAUGAACAGCGUCGACGUAUUCCACCUUCACGUUAUAAAGAAUGCCAAAGACAAAUGCAUGAACGAAUGGGAGAUAUAUGGGAAAGAAGCCCUGCUAUUGGCCAUUUAGCGAAUUAUUCAUCAAUACGUCAGAAUAGACGAGACAAAUAUCAAAUACAAGAAACAAACUUUGAUCGUAGGGAGGCUGGUCCACGUUUUGUAAAAUGGCCAUAG